GCGGUCGCUGUUGCACACACUCGUGCACACCUGUUCCACGCCGCCGACCACCGGACCGCUACCGAGAUGCGCGCCGUCUGCUACUUGCUGUCACUCUGCCUGGCGUACUUCGCGCACGCCCAGCGUUACGAGGGAUGUUCAGUGGACGUGUGGCGCGUGAAGAGCCGGCACGAGCCAGUGCUGGCAGUGGGUGGCGCGCUGGCGCUACCGGACCACGAGACGGGACAGCUGCUGCUGCCCAAUGGUGGUGUCGUGCUGGCCGGCUGUCCCGGGGCCGGCAACAGUCUUAAGCUGGGCAAGGGACUCCGCCACGUCAACGCCACCUGCACGUCGGCCGGCACCUUGCAGGUAUCCGGCAAACGAGUUACGGCGGGCGACCUGUGGUGCGAGAGCCGCUCCUUGCCCGUGGCCCACAUGACGAGACGCCGCUGCGGCCCGGAGGGCAAGUUGCACGUCUUCGAGCUGGGCUUCAACGUCUCCCGCCGCUGGCUCCCCGCCAUCGAGGUGUGCCACGACACCGACGCUGCCAACACCUUGUACUCCCACCACCGGCUGCUCGGGUCGUUGCAGCGAUUCCGGCGGAAGCAGACGGCGCGGCCGUCGUUCUCGCAGGGCAGCGAGACCGGGACGCUGUACGUGGGCGUCUCCCCUCCCAAAGUGUACUCGCCCUCUGCCGUUCUGGAGACCCUGGCGGCGGCGCUGGGGUCGCGGGAGGCGGCCAGCCAGAUGCUCUCGCAGUCGACGCUGAGCCGCGGCCACCUCGCCCCCUCCGGAGACUUCAUCCUCAACACCCAACAGCACGCCUCCUUCUUCUACGCCAACGCGGCGCCGCAGUGGCAGACGUUCAACCACGGGAACUGGCUGUCUGUCGAAUCGGCGCUCCGCAACCACGCUCAGCGCCAGUCCCUGGAUCUGGAGGUAUGGACUGGGACACACGGCGUGCUGUCGCUGGAUGACACAGAGGAGCUGUACCUGGCGGGGGGCCGCCGCAUUGCGGUGCCGCUGUUCUUCUGGAAGCUGGUGCACGACCCGCGGUCGGGCACGGCGAUAGUCUUCGUGGGGCUCAACAACCCGUUCGCGACGUGCAGGGCGGUGGAGGUGCUGACGCAGGUGUGCCCCGAAAACGUGUGCACCAAGGCGGGCUGGGCGAGGCGCAACUGGAACCGACCCAGCAAAGGUCUCAUCACCUGCUGCUCUGCCCAAGAGCUGGCCGCCGCCGUGCCGGGGGCGCCACAGGUUAACGCUACAGGCCUCUUACGUGGGCCACGGGCCUGA